GUGCGAAGGUGUCUAAACUGACAAUGCGGGAGAGAUAGCGAGUCCGGAUUGAGAGAGAGGGAGAGAGAGACACAGAGAGAGACAGAGAGAGAGAGACACAGAGAGAGAGAGAGACCGAGAAUCCCCAGCAGCGCCGGAUACAGCAGCAUGAGAUCCAAGGGCAGGGCUCGCAAACUGGCCUCAACUAAGCGCUACACGAAUGAUUCCGUAAUCAGUGCAACAGCGCUCAGAUGUCCUUCUGAAUCAGGGUGCUAUCUGACCGAAUCAGGUGAUGACAGCCUGUAUGAUGGGUAUUCUGCAAUUCUACCAGUGGAGGAGCCUAAUGCUGAUGAUGAGACAGGGCCUCUGUCCCUCAGUGCACAUGAUCUUUCCUCACCUGCUACAUCUAAUGAAGACUUCACACCUAAGGAGGGCUCUCCCUACAAAGCUCCCAUCUACAUUCCUGACGAUAUUCCCAUUCCACCAGAAUUUGAACUCCGUGAGUCAAGCAUUCCAGGUGCUGGGUUAGGAAUAUGGACUAAAAGAAAGCUUGAAGUAGGUGAAAAACUUGGUCCUUACGUUGGGGAAGAGCUAUCAAGCUUGAAGGAUCCUUCUCACGGCUGGGAACAAAACGGUACCUCCCCAGCAUCAUCUCCAAGAAUGAGCGAGAUUUCAUGUGUGAAGCUCCCAGACUAGGUGACGAUUACACAGUAUGGACAUACAUGUCAGAGAAUAAGUUGCCAGAACUGUAUAAUGAUUCAGCAUCACUUUUCUUGUCAUUUCAA